GUGGUGGAGGGGAGGAUGGAGGCGGGGAAGGGGGUUAGGGCGCUCCAAGGACGUGGCCCACGGUGGCCCCUGGCACGUGCCCCAUGCCCCGUGCAACGGCUUUACAACUGUCUAGGUACUCUAGGAGACGCCAUGCUGGGCGCCAUGCAGCACACACUGCUGCUGCUGCUGCUGGCCGAGCUGGGGGGCUUGCUGGCAUCAGGACCCGAUUUUCAAAGUUCAUUUCUAGAAAUCAUAUUUCCAAAGAAAAUUGAAGAUAAAACAAACUCAGAAGAACAGAUAUCCUAUGUUAUUACAAUAGACAACAUGCAGUACACUGUGCACCUCCAGAAAAGAUAUUUUUUAACAAAUCAUUUUAUGGUUUAUAUGUAUAACCAAGGAUCUACGAGCUUUCAUUCUUCAAACAUUCCGGCUCAGUGCUAUUAUCAAGGACACAUCAAAGGCUAUCCAAACUCGAUUGCCACCCUCAGCACGUGCUCUGGACUGAGAGGAUUCCUGCAGUUUGAGAAUGUGUCCUAUGGAAUUGAGCCCCUGGAAUCUACAGCUACAUCUCAACACAUUGUUUAUAAGCUAGGGAGCGAAGAGAAGGAAUUGAUAUUUAACAAAAACAGCAGAAACAUAGAGAUGCCAACAAACUAUAGCAUUUUAAUCAACAAAAAGCCAAAAUCACCUUUUAAACAUGCGCUUCCCCUCUAUCUAGAGAUGAGUAUUGUGGUGGACAAAACAUUGUAUGAUUACUUGGGCUCUGACAGCAUGAUUGUAACAAAUAAAAUCAUUGAAAUUAUCAGUAUUAUAAAUUCAGUGUUUGCCCAACUCAAGGUUACGAUUGUGUUGUCCUCAUUGGAGUUGUGGUCAGAUAAGAAUAAGAUUCCUACAGUUGGUGAAGCAGAUGAAUUAUUGCAUAGAUUUUUACAAUGGAAGCAGGCCUAUCUUACCCUAAGACCUCAUGAUGUUGCAUAUCUAUUCAUUUAUAACGAGUACCCAAAUUAUGUGGGAGCAACGUAUCCUGGGAAGAUGUGUAUGGCCCACUACUCUGCAGGAAUUACAAUGUAUCCCAAGGACAUGACCUUGGAGGCCUUCUCGGUUAUUCUCACCCAGAUGCUGGGGCUCAGUUUGGGAAUAUCAUAUGAUGAUCCUGCGAAAUGCCACUGCUCAGAAUCCAUCUGCAUCAUGAAUCCCAAGGCUAUGCAAUAUGCAGGUGUGAAAUCAUUUAGUAAUUGCAGUUUGAAUGACUUUGAACAUUUUAAAUCAAAUGAGGGUACCAAGUGCCUGCAGAAUAAGCCACAGAUGCAAAGAGGACAGGCACCAGUCUGCGGAAAUGGCGUAGUGGAGGGCAAUGAAAUAUGUGACUGUGGAUCUGAACAACAGUGUGGGUCCAAUAGCUGUUGUGAGCCUCGAAGAUGUGUUCUGAAAGCAGGAAGUGCUUGUGACAGUCAGUCUCUCACAUCAACAUGCUGCAAAGACUGUCAGUUUUUACCAGAAGGUCAUGAAUGUAGGUCCUUAAAGAAUGAACACUGUGACAUUGCUGAAGUGUGCAAUGGGAGCUCAGGACAGUGUCCAUCUGAUGUAACUGUAUCUAAUGGGUAUAGCUGCGGAGAAGGGAAUAUCUGCUAUAAUGGAGACUGUCCCGACCUGGACAGAAGGUGUGAGACAACAUAUGGAUCAGGUUCAGAGAAUGCUCCAUUUGCCUGCUAUGAAGAAAUCCAGGGCCAAAAUGAUAGGUUUGGCAACUGUGGCAAAGACCGGCAAAACAGAUACAUAUUCUGUGGAUGGAGGAAUCUCAUAUGUGGGAGAUUAAUUUGUACAUACCCUAGCCGAGUUCCUUACAACCCACCCAAUAACAGUACCGCUUCCGUGAUCUAUGCUUUUGUGAGAGACAAAGUGUGCAUAAGUGUGGACUUUGGAUCAAGCGUCGACGAAGAUCCUCUUAGGGUUAAAGAUGGUGCUAUAUGUGAUCUUGAUAGGAUUUGCAUAAAUGGCGUGUGUGUAGAGUCAAGAUUCGUUAAGGCUCAGUCAGCAUCCUGUACAGACACCAGGUGCAGCGGGAAUGGAGUGUGCAUAUCUAAUGGUAGCUGCUCUUGCUUCAAGGACUACCUACCUCCCAACUGUGCAAGAAAAUCAGGGCUGUUGGGCAAGCAUGAUCUGCCCAUGAAAGGACCUUCUAAAAAGCAAGGAAAGAAGUGGCUUUUAAGUUUGUACAUUGUCUUAAUUAUCCUCACUUCAGCGGCCCUCAUAGGCACAGGGUGCAAAGGCUUGAAACAGUGCCGCUCCAAGGAAGAGGAAUCCAUGAGUAGCGAAAGCAAAUCAGAAGACAACACUCAUACCUACUUCAGCAGUUAAUUGCUACUACCCCUUCAGGAGGAGGAGGAAGAUGAUGACAUCCAGGGGCUCACUGAGAAAUGAAGAGUCCACAUUCUUCCCUUGGUCACAGCUAAUGGAGCUAAUAAACCGAAAGUGGACCAAU